ACUGAGGAAUUAAUUUUAGUUCAAAGAAUGAACAUGAUUUUUCAUUCCAGCCAAGGCAUACCUCUUUCACAUUGAUAACAGAAAUGAUAACAAAACACAGAAUUUUUUUUACUGCAACUACAUACCACUUGGGUCGACAAGGAGUGGUUCUUGACUUCAACAACAGGUAGAGAGGCAUAGUAUGUAACACAGAAAGUGGAACUCAUGCCAGCAUCAUAGUCUUCCUUGGAUCCUGGGACUUGGCCAAGAAAUGAGUCUGCUUUCAGAAGAUGCAAUGCACUAGAUGUGGUGCUUGGAAGAGGAUUAGUCAUGGCAUCAGAACUAUGUAAAACAAUCUCUGAGGCAAAGCUGGAAAGGCACAAGAACUUAUUCUUAAAUUACCGAAAUCUUCAUCACUUUCCUUUGGAGUUACUGAAAGAUGAGGGGCUGCAGUACUUGGAGAGACUUUAUAUGAAAAGAAAUUCCCUGACCACAUUGCCAGAGAACCUUGCACAGAAGCUUCCAAACCUCGUGGAAUUGUACCUUCAUUCAAAUAACAUAGUUGUUGUACCUGAAGCCAUUGGCUCCCUCGUUAAACUGCAGUUUCUGGACCUAAGUGAUAAUGCCCUCGAAAUCGUGUGUCCAGAGAUUGGCCGCCUGAGAUCUUUACGUCAUCUUCGCUUGGCGAACAACCAGCUGAAAUAUUUACCUGCAGAGGUUGGAGACCUGAGGGAGCUGCAAACGCUGGACAUAUCAACCAAUCGUUUGAUAACGUUACCUGAAAGGCUUCACAUGUGCCUGUCACUGCAAUACCUGACUGCAGACCGAAACCACCUGUGGUACGUGCCCCGCCACCUCUGCCAGCUACCAAGCCUCAAUGAGCUCUCCAUGGCUGGAAACCGCCUGGCAUUUUUGCCACUUGAUUUAGGUCGUUCUCGGGAGCUACAAUAUGUUUAUGUGGAUAACAAUAUUCAUCUGAAAGGCCUCCCAUCCUAUCUCUAUAAUAAAGUCAUUGGUUGCAGUGGUUGUGGUUCUCCAAUUCAAGUUUCAGAGGUGAAACUGUUGUCUUUCUCAUCGGGCCAGUUAACUGUGUUCCUGCCGGCAGAGGUGAAAUCUAUAGGAACAGAAACAGAUCAUGUGCUGCCUUUGCAAGAACUGGCCAUGAGAACCCUCUAUAACACCUACUACAGGUUUUUAAAAGACUUGAACUUUCUGACUCCAAUCUCACUGCCCAAAAGCCUCUUGGAAUUGCUGCACUGUCCCCUGGGACACUGCCACCGCUGCAGCCAGCCUAUGUUUACCAUUGUCUACCCAAAGCUUUUUCCCUUGAGGGAAACUCCAAUGGCAGGACUGCAUCAAGGGAGGACAACUGUUAGUUUUGUGGCAUACUGCUGCUCCACCCAGUGUCUGCAGACUUUUGACCUACUGAGUUGAUAAACAUUUAAAACUCCUCAGGAGCGCUGCCAGUUGAAAGCUGCAUUAAACGUUGUAUGCCAUUGGUACUGGAGUGUACCCUGUGUGUGUGAGCCUGUGCCAAAGCAGCAGAAGUGCCUGGUUGGGAGCUCGAAGAGGCACUUAAAUCCUGCCCUAUCAAAUUUGGAUGAACUGCAGAAACUUUUCGGAAAUGUAAAUACCAAGCUUUUAAAAGUGUUAACUUCUCUCUCCUCCAAGACAGCACAGAAACCAAAUUCACAAGCUCUGACUUCAGGAUUUCCAGUAUUUUUCAGUGACCCAUUGCAUCAUUGGAGGCAGUUUUCAUUCCUUUAGAGGGUGGGGGGGAAAAGGUUCCAUUAUGACAAGUUUUCACUUACUCUUCCCCUAUCCUCUUCACCCCUUCAGCUGCAUUCAGGUGUAUAGACUAAGCCUACAGAAACCUUUGAUGGACCCCGAGGAUGUUUCCCCAUAGAAUUUAGCUUAAUUUUUCUCCCACUCAUCUUAAUAUUUUCCCCAGCAGAAUGAUCCUGGUUCUAUACCGACUCUGACUAUUUAACAGUGGUAUUUCAAUCCACAUACUAAAAGCAGAUCGUUCUUUCUGCUCUUAGAAGCCACACUGAUUUAAUUAGAGUAACUAGGGUAUGUCUGGAGACUAAAGAUCCUGUUUCAGUCAAGAAGGCUUGUGGUGGUGCCUACACUGAGUGCUCUUGCUCCAGCAUGUUUGAGGGUGUGUUUCUUUUUUCACGGCUCACGUUCUUUAUUUUUAAAAACACUUCCUCUUUGGCUUCUUUGAGUUCUCCAAGAAGAAGAUGUCAAGUAUCGAUUUCACUUCGAAGAAAAACCCCCAAUAAUAGGAUAGUAAAUAUUUAUCUGUAUUUAUUAUAUUUUUACAAUUGCAGACUGUAGAUCUGCAAAGACUUGGUCUUCAUCUUUUUCUAGAUCCAGCAUUUGGCUAACGUGUAUCAGUGGUGUGGAUGCCCCAGAGAAGGCUGGAAACCCAGGGGGAGGUGUGUGUAUCUCCAUGCAUAGGUAUCUGUGCAUACAUAGAUAUUUUCACAGAAGGGCUAUAACGUUUAUUGUCAUGUACUAAUGGCAGAUUUAGCACAGAUUUCCACUCUCUAUCCGUGGGAAUCUUUUUCUGUUAGGUUUUGUUCAUCAUGAAUAAAGGACAAAAGAUGGGAAAAAACGGCCCAAAAUGCCUGUACGACUUAAUUGGAAUUGUACACUGAAACAGUUCAUACAAAAUCAGACCCUUUUGACUUGUUUUGGAAUAGAUCAUUAUUUUUUUAACACAGUGUGUUCAUUUUCACUUUACUUUCUAUUUCUUAAGGUGCAACCUACUUGUUGGUUUAGCAGCAUGCUACUCUGGGCUGUAGUUAGUUACAAGCUGCUGCAAUGGAUAUGAAUGAACCAGUUUGUUAUAAAAAUGGCAAGAUAAAGAGACUUAUUUGGUAGGAUAUUAGCAUAUGUUGUGGUGAGGUGUGCGUACUUUGAAGGGAGGAGGCAUUAAAAUGUUUUUCCUUUUGCCAAAGAAGCAUUUAUUCCUACUGCAGGCUUCCUGGCAUCUCUUCAGUAAAUAGAGUAUCUUAAGAGCUUAAAAGAGUACCAAAAAGGCAUUUUGAGGGUGAAAUUUUUAGGUUGUGCCGUGUUACUUGUAAAACCUUUGCUGGUUUUAUUGGGUUGAUUUUUUUAGAGAGUUGAAUUAGCAUUAAGAAAUGUUGAACUUAAUGCUUCAGGAAUGUGAGUAUCAUCUACUGUUUAAGAAUUGUGAAACUUUCUAAAAUAAAUCCCAUUUAUUAAAUCUGCUUUGCAGUAGGGGAAAGAGCCAUGUCCAAGCAGGCUUCGUACCAUUGGAUUUCUGACUCUGGCGUUUCACUCACUUGUUUCAAUGUUGAUAUCCCUCACAGACCUUCCCACCCCACGGGGUUUACACUGAAGCAGGAAAGUGAGUCUUCGGCUUUUUUUUUUGUUGUUGUCUUCAGUACUACACAGUUGAGACAUCAAUUGCCCAUGUACAAUUUUACCUGUAUCAGAAAUGUGCAAUGGAUGGUAACGGAACUGUGCUAAUGUUACAAAUACUGAUUUUGAUCCAAUACUCUGGUCAGGAAUCUUCAGGAUUAUUUUCACUAUGGUUUCCUCUGUGAAGGAGAGAUUCUGUUGGAAGUUGAUUUGUCCUCUUUAUAGCAACUUACAGACUUAGAAACACAGUUUAUGUCUAAAUUCAGCCUGUAAAUGUUAUUUUUUGAGUUAAAUGUUUUCAUCAGCUGAAAGGCAUUGGCAUUUGUCUUAUUAGGGAUUGGGAAGAGUGGAAUCUGAUUUAAAUAUAUUUAUUUUCUUUAUUUUUCACAUCAUCUAAUUAUUUUUUGAGUUCAUAGCAAUCGCUAUUAUUGUCUGCAAGUGAAGUUCAGAGAGAUUCUAGUCUGUUCCAUAAGCAGCAGGAAUCUUAACUAACACUUUAAUAGAUAUUUCAAGAAUGGAAUGUUGAGUGAAUAAAUGACUUAAACACGCAAUUGAAGCUGAAAUGUCAUACCCUAUUUUUAUAAAACAUGGAAGAGGAAACCCAAUAUAUAGACUGAAAAUGCAGCUCAAGUUCCUGUUUCUCUGAUUUCUAAUUUUUUUUUUUUAUAUGAACAGUGUUUGUAUUCAUCUGUGUCUUUGGAUGAUACUGUUCUAGAUGAAAAUAACUCCAUUCUCACUUGUCCAAGUUUUUCUAAAGUUGUUCUGCUGUAAGAGCAUUUCAUAACCACCUAAGAUGAGAGCCAGCUACGCAAGUUGCAGAGGGGAGAGGGAGCUCGUUGCUAAUUGAGCUGUGCAUCACUUGUUUUCCAAUGUGAGAUGUCACAAUACUUGGACUUCUCCUCAAUGCAUUGAAUUCUCACUUGCUCUCGUUCAUCAGGGUAAUUCACAUUGAGAUGAAUUUUUUUCCUUGUACUGAAAAAAUCUGAUUCUAAUAGUUGUAAAAAAAAAAAAGACCAUUUAAAAAGAGGAGCUUUUGUCAUAAAAAUACAUUUUAACUCUUUGUUUAGGGCGGGAACAGAAGUUUGAGGGAGAGGCAAGUCUAAAGAGAAAGGGGCAGGAGAGGGAGGAGAGGAAGUAAGUCUUUAACCCAUCGAUAUUGCUAUAAAAUUCUUGAGUAAAUAUUAACUCCUAAUGCAAUUAGGGAACACAGGUGUAAAUUUUCCUUAUGUUCUGGAUAACAACCACCAUGUUACUAAAACUGAGACCCUGCUGCUUCUACAGGUAACUUUUUGUUCUGCCAAAAAGGAAACAGAGCAAUCUCUCUGGCUUUGUUUAAAAAAUACUCUUUGAACAGUUUUACGGUGGACACUGUUGCAUUUGGAGCACUGUUCUUGGGAACCUUCCUGUUACUACCCUGGAGGAUCAGAAAUACAAAUGUCCUUUCCUGUGCAAGGAACAAGCUCCAGUAUCAAGAUGUGUGUGUUUUUCUGUUUCUCACUGAUAGUUCUCUUGGGUUCUUACUGAAGUUCAUUACAGACCUUCUAUUUACUUCAUUGCGGUGAGGUUAAGAUCUUCUACUGAGCAGAGUGGAGCUGUUUUAUUGCCAAGUUGGCUUCAAUUCUUAUGUAUCCAAUUCUGCUGAAUCCCUUUCACUGGCAUGAGAGGAGGAUGAGACUGUUUUAACACCUAUGUGGUUGCAACGUGUCAGGUUUUACUGACAUCACAGCCAAGCUGAAGACUGGACAGUGACAAACCUUUCACUAGAGAGGAUGACUUUACUUUCUGAAGGCCACCGUGGCCCCAUCAGAGUACCACUGAUCACAGAAGAGCUUUUGCCUUGCUGUCAGUGGAGGAUGGAUCAAGUUUUAAUUGAUGAGAGAGAAGGAUGUGUUUUACCUUCUUUCUGUUUCCUGCAAAAUGAGGCUGAAGUUCACGCCUCCUGCAUGGCAGCCUCUCUAUCUGCAGCUGAACUUCUGUGAUUCCAAGAUGGAACCGUCUUUGCCUCUUACGUCCCUCUUAAUACUACUCAUGUUGUUGCAAAAUGUUACACUUAACUUGUGAUGGAAGAGGCUGAGUAAAUUGAAUCCAGAGUUUUUAUUACUUUUUGUAUUACAGACCUAUUUUGUAAGAGACCAAAGGUCUGGUGGAAAGAAAUGGCAAGGUUCACGUGAAGUCUUGCUUUUGCUUUUAUGUGUGCUUCUUUGGAUUACAACUUGAACUUGGAUUGCCACUGAGCUCGUUCUGUGUCUGUUGAAAGCAUAUGCAUAUUGCUUUUUUGCUCUGUAUUAACCAAAUGUCACUUAGUGUGAAGGUGAGCUCACUAGCUGUUUUAUUUAAAGUUAGUGGUGCAAUUUAUUGUAUAUGCUUGUUAAUAAACUAUAUUUUUUGAUAGAAUUACAGUUUGUUCAAAGUUAACUGAAUGCUUGCUCCUGGAGCUAUUAAACUACAUCAAGGUGUUUCACUUAAA